AUGCUCAAGUACAGAUCUAUAAUAAGAACACUCUCCACCACAUCACCUCUCAAAACAUCACACAAACCUUCUUCUCCUCGCCCUUCACUUUCAUUUGAAAAAGAAUACAACAUACGAUCAUCUUUAGAACAUUUAAUAACAGAUUAUUCUGGCAAGACAAUUCCUCAAAUAACACUUGAUUCAUUAAUAAACAUCUCCAAAAAGGAUAUUUCCACAAAUGCAAUAGCCACUAUAAACUAUCUUACAAUUUUCAAUACGAAAAGAUUAGCAGCGUUUAGAGCAUUACCAUAUCUUGUUGUUUUAAACCCUCAUAUUUCAGAAACUUAUCAAUUAUAUUUAAAAUCUUUAGAAAUUUUAUUAUCAAUAGAUCAAUCAGAAUAUAAAAAUUUUGACAAGAUACAUAAUUCAUUAUUAUAUUAUUCAGAAAUUCAUAAAGAUGCAAUUCCAUCAUUAUCAAAAGGUUUCCAAGAAGUUUCAAAAUUUUUCCCCAAGGGCAAGAUUGUAGAUUUUUUAAAUUUACAUUUUUAUGACAAGAUUAAUAUGGAAACUAUAACAAAUAAUUAUAUCAAUUUGAUUAAUAAACCUGAAAAUCAUAUUGGUGUGUUGAAUACAAAAUUAAACGUUUCAGAAAUGUUGCAAACUUGGGCAGGUUUGGUUAAUGAUAUGGCUUUUAUAAAAUAUUAUAAACAAGUGCCAAUACAAAUAGAUUUUGGUCAAGAUGUUGAAUUCCCAUAUAUUGGAAUCCAUUUAGAAUAUAUCUUUACAGAAAUUUUGAAAAAUUCCAUAAGGGCAAAUAUUGAAUCAGGUAAUGGAGAUAAACCAAUAAAGAUUACAAUUGUUUCAAAUUCAAUUUCAUCAAAUAGGAAAAAUUUAUCUAUAAGAUUUAGAGAUGAUGGAGGUGGUAUACCACCAGAAGUGGAAAAAAAUGUAUUUGAUUAUAGUUUCACCACUGUGGAGAAACAUGAAGAGGAUAAAAUUGGUAUGAAUACAAAUUCAAUGCCUGGUGAAAGUGUGGAAAAUAUUGCAGGUAUGGGGUAUGGAUUACCAUUGACAAAAGCUUAUGUUGAAUUAUUUGGAGGGAAUUUAGAAUUACAAUCGAUUUAUGGAUUAGGUACUGAUGUUUACAUUGAGUUAAUAGGUCCUGAUACUUCUUUAUUAUAA